AUGUCUCUGCCUGACUGGGUGUUGUCUGUUUUUCUGUCUGGGGUGUUCUGUCUGUUUUGGGGGCUGACCAGCUGCCUCCAGCCAGGCACUCUGUCCGUCUGUCCAUACAUCCCGGAGCAGGCACCUGCAGUUCCCCAGGCGGCCAGGGGGCGGCAGCCGCGGACCCACCGGGCCUUAGUCUCCAGGCCGCGAGCGCUCUGGCCCGGGAGCCCCCACGUGGCUCGGCGCCGCCGCGGCCUCCUCGCCGCCUGGUUUCUUUGGCCUGGCUCCCCCGGGGCCGCGGCGGCGGAAGGCGGACCGGAACCAGGCGCUCCGUGCAUCCGCUCCAGGCCAGGGUUCUUGAGCUCACCCCAUUGCAGGAGACCUGUCCAUCACCUCUCUAUCAACUCCCCAAGAAGUGGCCAGGGACCACCUAGUUGGGGCCACGGGAUUCUGGUGCAUAAUUGUGGGGGUGUCCACCGCAAGGGCCUUGCCAGCCCUGCCCCCCCUAGGAACCCCCACCCCAAGGUGUGUUGCUUCCUCUCACCCUCCCGGGCCAGGCAAGGCGGUGUGGCCCCAGGGGCCCAGGAAGCCUGCCUGGGCUGGACACCCAGACUGGCAGGGCUCCCAGGCUCUGGUGCCCACUCCCGGGUGGGGGUGGUGGAAAGGCCUGGGAGGGGCCCCGUAAAAAGAGGAACCAGCAGGGGAGAAGAGCAGAGGGGGAGGGGACCCGAUCACGCGGCCCCAACGGGCCGGAAGGGGCCCUCCGCCGCCCCCAUCCGCAGGGACACUCAGGCAGGGGGCCCUGGAAGCGCCACGCCUGACUCCAGAGGCCGCUGCGCCCCUGCCUCGGUUUCCCCUCUGGGCGCUGAGGUCGGGGAUCCCCACCAGUGCCUGGGGGUAGGGGGUGCCGGGCCCAGGCCUGCCCCGCCGGCGGGGGCGGGGCCGGGAGGUCCCGGGCUCGGAGCUCCCCGCCCGCCGGUUUCCUCCGGGGUCAACCCGGCUCCUUAUCAGGCGCGGCCAGGCGGCCCGGCCCUUAUCUGCGCCGGCCCAGCAUCCUCCGGCCGCGGCCGCGGGGCCGGGAGGGAGGAAGCGGGGCCGCCGGGGGCGGGGAGAGGGCGGGCCGGCCGGGCGCUGCUCACUUUCCCUCGGGGGGACCCACGCCGCCACCGCGGCCGCGCCGGGGCGGCCCUCGGCAGCCCGCGGAGGAGGCGCGGCCCGACGGCGCGGCCCGGACGGGGCGGCCGGCAGCCCGCGGCCCAGAGGCAGGGCCCCCCGAGCGGGGGCGGCGGGAGCCGGUGCCAAGGCGGAACCGCAUACCGGGCCCAGGACGCCGCGUCCCCACGGGACGGAGCCCGGGCCCUCACCAGGCGGCGGGAGCAGCGCUGGGUUUCCAGACCCACCGACACCCGCUUGGCCUUUACCCACUGGCCCUCCCCACAGCUGUCACUCCGGUGA